AUGCAGCUUUGGCUAAUUAUUUCUCUCUGGAAACUGUUAUUUUUUCUCAACUUCAUUCACUGUGAAAUCAAUGCAACAAUUCGUGUGUACUUUCCAUCGAUAAUUCUUCCUUCGUACCAUAACAAUCCAUUAUCAGAACAAGCCGAAUAUGACCUGAAGAAUACUUUACGAAAAACAAGCGAAUUUCUCGAUGUUGACGAUGACGAUUACAUUGAAGACGAUGAUGUUGAAUCUAUUGAACAAUUACCUACAGAAAUUGUCAUUACUGUUACUAUGACAACCACCGUUUCACAACAAGUUCGUUCCGAACCCAUCAAAUCCUUGGCAUCUCGUUUUCUAUUGAAUUGGUUUUAUUUAUUAUUAUCAUUAUUAAUAUUAACUCAAACAAGUAAAUGA